AUGGUAAAUUUGGAUACGUCUAUUGUUAGACUUAACUGUAAUAUUGGAUGGAAAGAGCCAACAGUUCCUGCAACACUGCCUUCGUUGAAGUUCGAAUACAAUAUGAAACUCCGUACCAUUUCUAGGGUUGUACAGGGAAGAAACAGAUCUUCAUCAACUCAAUUUUACAUUUAUCGUGUUUCAGCUCAGCUUCAUUCAAUACCUAAAAGACCUUCGUUUGGCAUUGCAUUUGAUAUUGAUGGUGUUAUACUUCGUGGACGUACUCCAAUCGGAGAUUCUCCUAAGGCUUUGAGGAGAUUAUACGAUGAUUCUGGUUGUCUGAAGAUCCCAUAUCUGUUUCUGACAAAUGGAGGUGGCAUCCCUGAAUCUAGAAGAGCCUCUGAGUUGAGCCAACUCCUUGGAGUAAAUAUUGACCCUAUUCAGGUGGUACAGGGUCACUCACCUUUCAAAAACUUGCUGAAAAGGUUUGAAAAUGAAUUAAUUGUUGCCACUGGAAAAGGGGAGCCUGCAGUGGUGAUGUCUGAAUACGGUUUCAAAAAAGCCAUCUCAUUAGAAGAAUAUGCAUCUCACUUCCAUAACAUUGAUCCUCUAUCACCAUACAAAACCUGGACCACAAAGCAGCCAUGCAAUGAGCAAAAAAACUCCAGUGAGUCAAUCCCAAGUUUUGAUGUCACUUCUGAAAGAGUUAAAGCAGCUUUUGUUGUUAGUGACCCUGUUGACUGGAGUAGAGAUAUUCAGGUUCUUUGUGACAUUUUGAGAUCAGGUGGUUUGCCUGGAGAGAAGUGUGAGCAUCAACCACCUAUGUAUUUUGCAGCUGAUGAUCUUGAAUAUCAGGCUGUAUUUCCUUGUGAACGUCUUGGCAUGGGGGCUUUCAGGAUUGCUCUAGAAAGCAUCUUUAAUAGGAUUCACCACAAGCCAUUAGAGUAUACCUCAUUUGGAAAACCAAAUCCAGAAGUGUUCAAGAAUGCAGAGUCCAUAUUGAAGCAACUUCUUAAUGAAGAUCACAAAGACAUAAUAAAUAAUUCACACCAUUUUGAAACCCUGUACAUGAUUGGGGACAAUCCUUCGGUUGAUGUCAAGGGUGCAAGACAGGCCGGACAUCCAUGGUUUUCUAUAUUGACAAGGACAGGUGUUUUUAGAGGAAAAGAGAACCACACAGAUUAUCCUGCUGAUCGGGUUGUUGAUACAGUAGAAGAGGCUGUGGAAUAUAUAUUGCAAAGAGAGGCUAAAUAAUGCUUAGCAAAAACACAUUUUUUUUAUCCAUGAGCUCCUCUACAGAAAGAAGGCUCUAGGAUUUUGACUAUUUUAAAUUUCAAAAAGAAAGUAUCUCAUGUUUUUUUAUAAUUUUUUUUUAAAAUUUCCUGCUGAAGCGGUAGUAAUAGCCAAUCCCUGGGUUUUGUGACUGUAGCAUAAGCAACUCUAUUACCUUCAAGCAGGGUCCUUGCGGGUGUACCAUUGUUGAUGAGAUGCCCGUAGGGCAUAACUAUACAAAAUCAAAUAUUAUAAAAGAACAAAG